CCCGCCCCCCUCCGCCUGACUCAUCCGCCCACGGUGACCGCACCGCGUCCGCUGCCCGAGCCCCGCCAGGAUGGGGAGACAGACCGCAGCUGCAGGCGGACGCCCAGAUUCCCGCUGACGCCCCCGACCCUGCCGCCGCCUUCGCCGCUCUCCCGAGGCGCCCACAGCACGGGGCUCCUGGAGCGAGGGUCCAGAGAGGACGCCCGACGCCCCGCACUCCCGGACAGAAAAUCAGAACCCUCAAACAAGAACUGGACAAAGAGCAUCUGUUGCAGUACAGAUGGUGGUGUUGGCCUAGUGAACUCUCUGCCUCCUCUGGACUUUUGUGGAACUUCACUUAUAGGAACACACUGACCAUAUUGGCUUGGUGUACAAAAGGCCGAGCUAUGAUAGCCACUGGAGGUGUGAUCACCGGCUUGGCCGCCUUGAAAAGACAAGACUCUGCCAGAUCCCAGCACCACAUCAAUCUCAGCCCGUCCCCUGCUACCCAGGAAAAGAAACCAGUCAGGCGAAGGCCCCGUGCUGAUGUUGUGGUGGUUCGGGGAAAAAUCCGCCUUUAUUCUCCCUCUGGCUUCUUCCUCAUCUUGGGAGUGCUCAUUUCCAUCAUAGGAAUUGUCAUGGCUGUCCUGGGUUACUGGCCUCAGAAAGAACAUUUCAUCGACGCUGAAACAACAUUGUCCACGAAUGAGACUCAGGUCCUUCGGAACCACGGUGGUGUGGUGGUGCGCUUCUUUGAGCAGCAUUUACACUCCGAUAAAAUGAAAAUGCUUGGCCCCUUCACUAUGGGAAUUGGUAUUUUCAUUUUCAUAUGUGCCAACGCCAUUCUUCAUGAAAACCGGGACAAAGAAACCAAAAUCAUUCACAUGCGGGACAUCUACUCCACCGUCAUUGACAUCCACACCCUGAGAAUCAAGGAGCAAAAGCAGAUGAAUGGCAUUUACUCAGGCUUGGGGGGUGAGCCUGAGGUAAAGCAGAAUGGGAGCUCUUGUGCCUCCAGAUUGGCAGCAAAUACAGUCUCCUCUUUCUCAGGGUUGAGGAGGAGUUUUCGAAUGGACAGCUCUGUGGAGGAGGAUGAACUGAUGCUCAAUGAAAGUAAGAAUUUGGGGUUGAUGCCCCCUUUGCUCUCUGACAGCUCUGUCUCUGUCUUUGGCCUCUACCCACCUCCUUCCAAGACAAACGAGGAAAAGACUAGCAGCUCUAAGAAAUGUGAAACCAAGUCAAUUGUGUCAUCAUCUAUUAGUGCUUUUACACUGCCUGUGAUCAAACUUAAUAACUGUGUAAUUGAUGAACCCAGUAUAGAUAACAUCACUGAGGAUGCUGACAACCUCAAAAGUAUAUCAAAGAACUUGUCAAUGGAUUCCCUUGUGGUCCCUCUGCCCAGUACUGGCGAAUCCUUCCAGCCUAUCAGCACAAUGCUCCCAAGGAAUAAUUCCAUUGGGGAGGCGUUAUCCAUGCAGUACAAAUCAUCUGUGGCUCUUGGUCCGGGGGCUGGACAGCUCCUAUCACCUGGGGCUGCUAGAAGACAGUUUGGAUCCAACACAUCCUUGCAUUUCCUUUCUUCUCAUUCAAAAUCUUUAGACUUAGACCGAGGUCGCUCCACCCUCACAGUUCAGGCAGAGCAACGGAAACAUCCAAGCUGGCCACGGCUGGAUCGAAGCAACAGCAAAGGAUAUAUGAAACUAGAGAACAAAGAGGACCCGAUGGAUAGGUUGCUGGUGCCCCCCGCUGCCAUAAAAAAAGACUUCACUAAUAAGGAGAAGCUGCUUAUGAUUUCAAGAUCUCAUAACAACUUGAGUUUUGAACAUGAUGAGUUUUUGAGUAACAAUCUAAAGCGAGGAACUUCUGAAACAAGGUUUUAAUGUGGCAAAGUAGAUCAUUUUCCAAUGGUAUAUGCUUGAAAACUAUUUUCACCAAUGAUUUCCUUCUGAGAGCAUUGGUUGGGACCAUUUUUCAAUCACAUGGUUUAUAAAGUAUUAGAACCGGUGGCUUGAGUCUAUGCUGGACAUGGAUAUAGGUUCCAGUCAGUGAGGAUUACAGUACUCUAGAUGAUCACAUAUGAGUUUCCCCCCAUUUCUUUAAAAAGCAUGAUCUCCUUUAUUGAUAUGAAUACAAAAGUACUUGCAUCCAAAUUAAAAUUUUCUUUACUUUUAAGUUCUUUCAUUUUCAUAUUCAUAGAAGCAAAUGUCUAGAAGGGAAAACUUAGGGUACCAAACAUUCAGUCCCAACUCUCAAUCUAAGUUUGUAUAUAAGGUCUUAUGAUGUGAUUUUGUGAAUGAUUGCUUUUAUAAAGGACUGGAGAAAUUGUUUAAAAGAAGAAGGAUCUAGUUUAUAUGUGGACUAUGUAAUAUGAAUUAGUUAAGUUGGUUGUGAUUCUUACUGUGAGCUCUAGGUAGGCAGUAUUUUUUUAAAUGUCAGUUGUUUUAGUGAUAUCUUAUCAAGGAAUGAUAUAUUCAAGAGCCAGGGCUAAAAAUUCCAGGUAUACAUAAGAGACAAAUCCAAAAUAACUAUUAGAACAAAUGCUAACUACUCAGAACCAGAAUUUCUUUGCACACUGUCUUGGAAAACAAAUGAACCUGUAUCAUUUGUAGAAAUACUAUCUUGAAAUAACAAAUGAAGAUACAGAUUUUACUAGUUAAUGCUACCAAGUCUUAGUAUUGUUUUCUAAUUAUUGGUUAUCCACCAAUACCCACUCACUCCCAUAUCCUUAUUUACCUCUGAUAUUGUUUAGAUCCUGGAAAUUGGAAAACGUAGAUAACCUUGACAUUUCAUCUUCCCAUACCAACAGCUUGGUGGUUCAAGAAUAUUUAGUCCUUAAUAAAUUGCCUUGAAAUUUACUUUGUGCUAGAAAGCCUUAUGCUAACUCCAAAGACUUUCUUGUGGUAUACCAAAUUCUUAGGAUUAUUCUUCUCAAUUAUUGAAGAUAUUAAGUACUAAAAUGGAUGUUUCCAUCAGAAAAUUAUCAUAUUUUCCAUAAAGGAAAUAAUAUUAAUAACUGUUUGGUGAAAUACUCAGGAAACGUGUAGGUUUUGCCCAAAGUCUAAACACUUCUGCAAAAGAGUAUUGCAGUUUCGGGAAAGAGCAGCAAGAAGACCCAUUUGUAUGUGUAGCACCCCACAAUUGUAUCUAUGUUUGUACCUCAAGCUUCCCUCAGUCAAGGCCCUGCACUUCUUAUGAGAACAUGGAGCCUGUGUAUUGUCAUAGAGUAGGCUCAAUAUUUUACUAUAAAGCAU